CCCUAACUAGGAAGUAAUUGAAUUAAAAAGGGAGAUGGAUCUGCACGACUGCACGGUAGAAACUACAGAUUACAGGUCAAUCAAUUCAUCUCCUGCUAUGUCAGAUGUUCUUUCUUCUUCUGGCAUCCGCGACGAAAUUAAGAUGAGCGCAAAGAUACCUGGGUGUGUAGAUCAAGAACAUCCAGACCUCCUUUUCCAAACUGCUGAGGGAAUGUCUGACUUUGGCCUUCGUCUCUUGGAGGUGGGCAGUUUGGCAGUGGAAAGAGGUACAGAUGCUAGCAAUCUGAAACUCAACUCAACUGGUUACGUCAAGCAAGAAGAUAAUCCGAUGGAUUUUGUUGGGCAAACGGACACUAGUUUGGAGAAGUUCAUCUCUGUUAAAGAAGGUGACUCUGAGGUGGAAUGUCCUCCUGUAAUUAAAAUGGAGGUAAUUGCCGUGAAGCGUGCAGGUGAACAUUUAAAUGAAUUUGGUGUAUAUAAUGAAAAUGAGCCCCAUCUACGAACUACACAGAGCAGUCCAACCUCAGUCCAUCAGGAAUGUCGACCUGAAGAUAAACUUGUGUUGGGAUGUAAUUCAAUGGUGGCAAAAUGCAUUGACGAGCUGCAACAAAGCCAAACUGUAAAAACACACAUCUAUGAAACGUCUUUCAGUAUAUUUGAUGGCCAUAAAAGACACGCAUAUAGUGUCACAGAAAACGAAACUUACAGACGUAAUGAAAAACCUAUGGCAGACAAAUCACACAAUUGUAUCGAAUGUGGGAAGACUUUCCGUCUGGCUCAGCACCUGAAACAACACCAGAGGACUCAUACAGAGGAGAAACCCUACCAGUGUACUGAAUGUGGGAAGACGUUCCGCCAGGCUCAAAACCUCAAACACCACCAGAGAAUUCAUACGGGAGAAAAACCGUAUCAUUGUACCGAGUGUGGGAAGAACUUCACCUGGGUGGAAAGCUUUAAACUCCAUCAGAGGAUUCACACAGGGGAAAAGCCGUAUCAAUGCACCGAAUGUGGAAAAGCCUUUAAUCAGGCGUCAACUCUUAAGCACCAUCAGAGGCUUCACACGGGGGAAAAACCGUACCAGUGUACAGAAUGCUUAAUGACUUUCACUAGAGCUGCACAACUUAAGCAGCAUCAAAAAAUUCACACUGAACCAAAACUGAACAAAAUGUCUGAGAGUGGACUGGCUUUCAGUGAAGCUACUUUUCAUCAGGUAAUCCAUGCCAACAGAAAAGUCUUCCCAUGUACAGAAUGUGGAAAGAAUUUCUGCCGGAUGGAGAGCCUCAAACAGCAUCAGAGAAUUCACACGGGGGAGAAACCAUUCCAGUGUGAUCGGUGUGCAAAAAAUUUUAGCUGGGCGGAAAGCCUUAAACUCCACCAGAGGAUUCACACGGGAGAAAAACCGUACCGGUGUACAGAGUGUGGAAAGGCAUUCGGUGAUAGUGGAAAACUGAAACGUCACCAGCGGAUCCACACGGGAGAAAAACCGUACCAGUGCUCUAGAUGCGAAAAGGCAUUCAACCAGGCAGCAACCCUUAAGCACCAUGAGAGAAUUCACACGGGUGAAAAACCGUACUUGUGUACGGAAUGUGGAAAGACUUUCAACCAGAAUUCAAGCUGUAAAAAGCACCAGAGAAUUCACCAUGGAGCCAAAAAUGUGCAAAUGUCGACAGAUUUGGAGCCUGGCACUAGUACACUUUAAAAAACUUUAAUGUUUUCAAGAGGUAUUUAAACAAAUGUAUGUAAGUUAUCUAAGAUGGAUCUACUGAAUGUUUUAAUUUUGUGCUAUAUUAUAGACCUCUGAUUCCACCUGAGAUUUCACAGUGGAAAAGAAAAAUAAGUUUAAUAUAAUGGUGAGGUUUAAAAUUCAUUUUAUAUACAGAUUGUAAUAGAAC